GUUGCAUUUCACUUUCUUACAUCGCUCCUGUCCCUGCAGUAUUAUCGGCUGACAAAUAACUCUUCUUUCUCCCUGUCCGUCCUUCGCUUCAUAGGUAUCGGUUUGCAUCAAAGGACUUAAGAUAAGCAGCUCCAGUGCCGGAAACGUGGCCCUUUUUAAAAUCAUCAAUGGGUUUUAGUGUUUGGCUAGUGGCUUUUACAAAGAUUUUUUGUUUUACGGAGGUGUUGUGAUUAUUUUGAAGGAGUUGCUUUCAAACUUUCAGUUGUGAUAAUCGAACUUUAAACCCCGCCUGAAUUUCAAUAUGUCAAAGAUUCAGCGCUUACUUCAUCCGAAGUUCUCUCUCACAUCCUCUCUUCAAACCCUCAGAACUCUACAUACACUGCAAGUCUCCCAAAAUCCGUCAACUGGGUCAGUUUCAGAUUCCUUUCUGGUGGAGAAAAUCUUAUUCAAUUUAAAGCAAUGGAAUGUUAACUCUUUGCGGAACUAUCAAUUUCACUUGAACUCGGUUAAUGUAGUUGAAGUCUUAUAUCGUCUGCGUGAUAAUCUCCAUCUGGGUGAGAGAUUUAUUGAUUUCAUUGCCUUGAAUUGUUCCAAUUUUAAGCAUUCUUCCUUGUCUUUGAGCGCAACGAUUCACAUUUUAGUGCGAAGUCGGCGAUUAUCUGAUGCACAAGUUUUGAUUCUUAGGAUGGUUAGAAAGAGCGGCGUUUCACGGGUAGAAAUUGUUGAGUCUUUGGUUUCUACGUAUAGGAAUUGCGGGUCUAAUGAAUUAGUUUUUGAUUUGUUGAUUAGGACUUAUGUUCAAGCAAGGAAAUUAAGAGAAGGGUCGGAGGCGUUUCUCCUGUUGAGAAGUAAAGGAAUUUGUAUUUCUAUUAAUGCUUGCAAUAGUCUUCUUGGUGGGUUAGUGAAGAUUGCUUGGGUUGAUUUAGCAUGGCAAGUUUAUGCAGAGGUUGAUAGAAGUGGGAUUGCAUUGAAUGUUUAUACAUUAAAUAUUAUGGUUAAUGCAUUGUGUAAAGAUCACAAAAUUGAUAGGACUAAGUUGUUCAUGUGCAAGAUGGAAGAAAAAGGGGUUUAUCCAGACAUUGUGACAUAUAACACGCUGAUCAACACCUAUUGUCGUGAAGGACAGGUGGAAGAAGCUUUUGAGUUGAUGAGCUCAAUGGUGGGUAAGGGUUUGAAGCCAGGUGUUUAUACAUAUAAUUCUCUUAUUAAUGGUUUAUGCAGGAAGGGAAGAUGUGAGAGAGCAAAGGAAGUUUUGGAUGAGAUGUUGCAAAUGGGGUUAAACCCGGAUACUGCUACUUAUAACUCACUUCUUGUUGGGAGUUGUCAAAAGGAUAAUGCUUCAGAAGCUGAAGAAAUUUUACGUAUAAUGUGCAGUCGAGGGGUUGUUCCUGAUCUAGUUAGCUUUGGCUCACUGAUUGGGGUAUUCUCGAGGAAUGGACAGCUCAAUCGAGCAUUGAUGUAUUAUAGACAUAUGAAGAGUGUCGGAUUAGUUCCAGAUAAUGUUGUUUAUACUAUCCUUAUAGAUGGGUAUUGUCGAAAUGGCUUCAUGUUGGAGGCUUUGAAAAUACGGGAUGAGAUGCUAGAGCAGGGUUGUAUUAUGGAUGUUGUUACAUACAAUACUAUUUUGAAUGGACUCUGCAGGAUGAAGAUGCUCGCUGAUGCAGAUGAUCUGUUUAAGGAGAUGUUUGAAAGGGGUGUAUUCCCUGAUUUUUAUACUUUCACCACAUUAAUUCAUGGACAUUGUAAGGAUGGAAAUAUGAACAAAGCACUGAACCUAUUCGAUAUGAUGACCCAAAAGAGUAUUAAGCCAGACAUUGUGACAUACAACACUCUGAUUGAUGGUUUUUGCAAGGUUGGUGAAAUGGAAAAAGCUAACGAAUUAUGGGCUGAUAUGAUCUCUCGAAAAAUUUUCCCCAAUUACAUUUCAUAUGGGAUUUUAAUAAAUGGAUUUUGCAGUAUGGGUCGUGUAACUGAGGCAUUCAGGUUGUGGUAUGAGAUGGUUGAGAAAGGUAUUAAACCAACUCUUCUGACCUGUAACAUUAUCAUAAAGGGGUAUUGCCGUUCAGGUGAUGCAUCAAAGGCUGAAGAAUUCUUGAGUAAGAUAAUAUUAGAAGGGAUUAUUCCUGAUAGCAUAACAUAUAAUACUCUUAUUAACUCCUUUGUUAAGGAAGAGAAUAUGAACAGAGUAAGUGUCCUGGUUAACAAGAUGGAAAAACAAGGACUAGUGCCUGAUGUUAUUACGUACAAUGUUAUUUUAACUGGGUUUUGUAGACAAGGAAGGAUGCAAGAGGCCGAGCACAUACUACGGAGAAUGAUUCAGAAAGGUGUAAAUCCUGAUAGGUCUACAUACACAUCACUGAUAAAUGGACAUGUCAGCCAAAACAAUAUAAAGGAGGCAUUCUGUUUCCAUGACGAAAUGCUACAAAGGGGAUUUGCCCCUGAUGAUAAAUUUUAAUUGGUUUCACUUGGGGCCAUUGAAAUGAUUGUGGUACCAAGUAUGAGUUCAUUUUUCAUUCAUUUUUGCAGCAUAUUAUACGUGUAUGGAGGUUAGAUAUCCACUCCUUUUAUUCUUUAUGUUAAUCAACUUUGUUGUACCAUGAGUUUGAAUCAUGAAUUUCUUGUAUCUGUAACCUUUCUGUUUAUCUAUAGGGGAAGCUUUGAAAUCACCACUGUGACUUGUGUCAAUAUAUGUAAUCUGAUUGGUGGAGUUAAUAUGAAGAGUAUUUAAAAUGAUAAGUAGAGGCUGGGGAUGAAAAUUUAUAGAUGUAGAUUGCAGUCAAGGAAAAUUGUAGCUCGAGGGAUUCUUCCAAGUCGCAGCAAUGUGUAUUGGAAAACCACAAAGCACAUAGAGCAAUGCAGCAUCACUUUCUGCCAUUAGACAAUCAUGAUGCUGAAGCUUGAAACCCUACUGCAAUUUUUUCUACUUUGUGUGGAGAACUUUGAAAUGUGGUUGCACCCAACAGGAAGCAACAAUCUUCGACAGCUAAAUGCAUUGUGUAUUAGUUACCAGACAAUUCAGUAGCAUACUCUAGUGCAAGGUAUGUCACUCGCUUCUGAAAGGAAAUCGUAGGGAAGCACGAUUAUGUUUUGUUUUUAACUUUGUUGGAAACUUGCUUGAGCUCAAAUCAUAGAACCUGAACUGCUAAAAUUUAUUUAACUUGAGGCUAAACGCUCUCUGAUGAAUUUGAUUUACACUCUAAAAUUGUUUUCAUCUCUUUCAACUUAUGCUGAAUGUGAAUAGUGUAGUGCAAAAAUAGUGGAACAACUGCGUCUGUAUUUAACCCAUUUGAGUAUGUAAAAUUUUCUUCAAGAUUUUCUCUGUAUGUUUUCAUUGUAACUCAAUGAGAGCUUAUCCGGCAUUUAAUAAGUUAUUUUACUGUUUUAAUCAUUAUUUAUAAUAAAAUUUUGUUAAAA